AUGGGUUGUACCCAGUCUGCUGCAGCAUCCCCUGCUGCUGCUGCUGCUGCUCCAGGAGCAGCAGCAGCAGCAGCAGCAAAACCCCCCACAGCGUCUCCAGCAGCAACUCCAGUCCCCUCCGCCUCCUUGCUGAGUCCUGGAGGUGCAGCAGCAGCAUCUUUCCAGAGCAAUCGCCAGGGUUCUCCCCCGGGGGCCCCCAGGGGGGCCCCCGGGGGGGCCUCCCCGGGGGGACCCCCGGGGGGCUUUGCUUCCAGCGCAACUCGCGGACGCCUUCAGAGUACCUUCAAGAUCGCGGGGAGCGAGGGCCCCGACGUAGUGGGUACGGAUUGUGUACCCCCUCCGGGGGGCCGGGAAGGGGGAAUUAUUAAAAUUGGAAAACCUCCUCCAAACUUGAUGGAAAUAAAUUCCGAACCCGCGGGAAAUGGAAGAGUUAAAAGAGAGAAAGUUGUUCUCGAGGGAGGCAGCGUUUAUGAGGGGACCUGGAAGGAGUGGACUUUGGACGGAGAGGGCACUUUGGAGUCUCCAGAAGGGACUUUUUACUCCGGAGGGUUUAGAGAAAAUAAAUUCGAAGGAAACGGAACUUUUGUUUCUCCCUCGGGCCUCAAAUAUGAGGGCCAGUGGCUGCGCGGCCAGCUGCACGGCCACGGCAAACUCACCCACGAAGACGGGGCCACGUAG